CGGAAAGAUAGAGCCCGUAUAUCUACGGCUUUAAAAGGAAGAGCUGACAGCUUACGGUAGAUUUCCAGCUGUUCGACAUUUCGCAUUCGACGACCGUCGCUGUCUGUGUCGCAACUCGAGCAGGCGUCUUUAAUUGUUGCGCGCUGGUGACACGGGUCGCUUCUUUCGCUCCUCUUUCCGCCCGACAUAAUAGACCUUGAAGUGGCGUAACUUUCGGGCGGUUCCUUCGACAGGUUCUACGGACCGCCCGCCGAGGAGCCUGUGGCGAACUGAACGGCUGAAAUCGGCAUAUGCCUCGACGAGCCGUCAGUGGCUAACCUCGAGUGUGUUCGCAGUUUGUGAGUUCCGCGUUCUUGCUUGAAUCACUCUUGCGGAGCGUGUUUGCUGGCAAGAUUAGAAUCCGUGCGUGCCUGUUGGAUACCGGAACUGCUCCCAACGAAGAGGCCAGAUGAACUGGAAGUGGAUACGCAUUGCCGUCCUGGUGGCGGCACUGGUGAUAACCGGGGUGCUUCUGUACCUGCUGCUUCACCGCGAGGAAGCCGAGUGCUUCCCGGAGAACCACCGAGAGUCGUGUUACCAGACAAGUAAAGCGCCGUACCGACUGUACGGCACCAAGACCGACUACCGGGUGCUCGUCGACCGCCUCGGCCUCGAGAAGGAGCCACAGUUCACGGUACCCGGAUGCAGACCUCGCGCCUUCUUCUUGUACAACCGGCAUACAACUCGGUACCCGGACAGGGAGAACAUCGUUGAGAUGCAAGACGUGCUUCCCCAGCUCCUCAGAAACAUCUUGAGCGCAGCACAGGAAAAAAAAGUCCACAUCUGCGAGACUGACCUCGAGCAACUGGAGCGCUGGAAGAUGCCCUUCAAGCCACACCACGACAACAAGGUGACGCCAAGCGGGAAAUCUGUGGUCGGCGACCAAGUGCGCAGGUUAAGGAGGAGGUUCCCGGGCCUGUUCCAAGGACAGUUCAAUGCCAGCGACUUCGUGGUGGGCUACACAAGCCGCGAACGAACCCGGCAGACGGCGGAAGCCUUUCUCGAGCACCUGCUAUCGAAGCAAGACUUUGAUGCCAUUAACUUCGGGCCACCCCAGGACAGCCUGCUGCAGUUUCACAAGGAGUGCAACAAGCUCAUCAAAGAAAAGAAGUCCACACCGGUGGAGGUCGACAAAUUUGAGAAAGGACCGUACAUGAAGCGACUCCUUGACACGAUGUCUUGGCGUCUUGGAUUCAACGUCACCCGAGACGACGUGGACAUCAUGUACCGGGCGUGCGUGUUUGAGUACGCCAUCCACGACGCGUCCCCCUGGUGCGCCGCGUUCGACGAGGCCGAGCUCAAGGCCAUCGAGUUCCGGGAGGAUCUGGACGACUACUACAAGGAUGCGUACGGCCUCAAGCGCAACUACGCCCAGGCAUGCCCCAUCGUGCGAGAGCUCGUCGGCCGCUUCAGAAACGUGAGCAAGGACCCGUCGCAGCCAACGAAGCUGCUCUACUUCUCGCACGCCGGCGGCUUCAAGAAAGUAGUGGCGCGCCUCGGUCUCUACCGCGACGCCGAGCCGCCGCUGGCUGACGGCCUGUGCCGGCAGUCUGGACGCGCCUGGCAGUCGAGCCUGGUGUGCCCGUUCAACGCCAACCUGGCGUUCGUGCUGUUUGAGUGCACCGGCGGCGGCCACCAGGUGGCGACGUUCCUCAACGAGGAGGUCCAGCGGCUGCCCGGGUGUCCGUCGGAGAGCUGCCCCCUGGAGACAUUCUUGGAACUGUACGACGAGGUUGCCCGGGACUGCAACGUCACCGAGAUCUGCUCCGCGUGACGCCGACGGCGCGGCAUUGCGGGAGCGAGGACACGGACCGUUUGCGACGCAGCAGGGACCAACGGAGACUCGAUGCCGUUAAAGAAGGCCACCUCUCCUCGUGAAGGAGCGAUUCCCCCAGAAAUCGACACGUGCAUCAGCUACAUCCUUCAUUCGACCAGUGCAUAGAACCUUGCGCCCAGUUCAUUAUACUUACUUAUAAUCAUCAUCAUCAUGCCAAAGAACUGUACCCCAUGAAAUUUUUCAUUGCCGAGGUGUCAGAGUCUACAAGCGCGGCAGUGCAAAGCGGGACGCCUUGCGACUCAAGCUUCAAGCUCAGCAAGUUGUCUUACUACGAAACAUAGCCGCUUGCAGUGUGCCAGGGACAAUGCACUACCAGUCAAACGAGAGUUUUUUUCAAAACCGCGUAUUCCUCACUAUCCAUUUUGAAACGCGUUCGAGGAGAAAAUAAAGCCAUUUUAAUGCCA